UGCAGCCCAGUGCGCAGGCGCAUCGGCGCUCCCUACGCAAGCGCGGGCGCGGGGUCCGUGGGGUCCCACGCAGCAGCCAUAGGUCGCGGGCGCAGCGAGGAGUGUUCGGGAUGGGCGCCCCCGAGGCCGACCGCUGGGCGUGGCUGCUGGUGCUCAGCUUCGUGUUUGGGUGCAAUGUCCUGCGGAUCCUCCUCCCGUCCUUCUCCUCCUUCAUGUCCCGGGUGCUGCAGAAGGAUGCAGAGCAGGAGUCGCACAUGCGAGCUGAGAUCCAGGACAUGAAGCAGGAGCUCGCCUCCGUCAACAUGAUGGAUGAAUUCGCCCGAUAUGCUCGCCUGGAGAGGAAGAUCAACAAGAUGACGGACAGGCUCAAGACACACGUGAAAGCUCGGACGGCUCAGUUAGCCAAGAUAAAGUGGGUCAUAAGCGUGGUCUUCUACAUCCUGCAGGCUGCCCUGAUGAUCUCACUCAUCUGGAAGUACUAUUCUGUCCCCGUGGCUGUGGUGCCGAGCAAAUGGAUAACCCCGCUGGACCGCCUGGUGGCCUUUCCUACCAGAGUGGCAGGCGGUGUUGGAAUCACUUGCUGGAUUUUGGUCUGUAACAAAGUUGUGGCCAUUGUGCUGCAUCCUUUCAGCUGAGAAGGAAAAUGAAUCCAGACACGAGACUCUAACAACGGUUUGCUCUUCUUGGGUUAAAAGUCUGAUGGACACUUUUUUAAACAAAAGUACACUGGCUAAUUUUUUUGUUGAAUAUGUUUGUUCUUAUAAUUUAUAUGAGAUUCUUAGAAGAAUUACCAUUUUCUAUACCUGUGAUUGAGCCCGAAAGCCCAGUUUCUGAUGUGCGUGUACCAACCCACAUCACACCAGCUUUGUAAUAAAUGGAAAACUUUUGCAGUGUGUAUGUGCUGAUUGGCACUGUUGGCAUAUUCCGGUCUUCUUGCCAAUUGGAAAGUCAAAGUUUUCUAACAAAUCGAGUAAUUUAAAGACAAUAGUAUUUUUUAAAUCCAGUUGAGAAAGUAACUUAAUGCCACUGUAGUGUUACCUUGCUUUCAAACUCAUCAAAUUUAGUCCUUGAGGCUUUUUGAUGCAAAAAUUCUGUGCAGGGCCUGGUCAUUUGCUGGGCAUGUGACACAUAAGCUCGAGAUCGUCGGUGUGACGGCUUCGGGAUCUGCUGCCGUUCCCAGCCCAGACAGUUGGUUUGACCCUUGUGUUCUUGGUACUGGCACCUCCACAAACCAAUUAACAAUCAGUACCAAGAUACUGCCCUACCAGAAUUUGGAAAUUUGUUUUUUAAUCUCAUGUAGUACAGCUGAAAGAAUAGCACUAAUGGGGCCGGGGAUUUAGCUCAGUGGUUCUGCUGCCUGCCUCGAAAGCGGAAGGACCCGAGUUUGAUCCCUGGUACCAAAAAAAAAAAAAAAAGAAUAACACUAACGGACAUCGUUUGAGCUUCCUCUUCUGUUUAAAAUGUUAUUUGUUAGCCAAGCAUUUGUAUAGCGUUAUUUACUUAUGUGAAGGUGUUAAUUUUUCAUUACGGUGUUUUGUAAAUGUAUUCACGAACCAUGUUGUUUUGUGCUCAGAUUGUGUUUUGUGUUCCAGCCGUUUCAAAUGAAGUGUAUUUUAUACGCAUUUAGUAUAUAUGGUCUGUAGAGAAAGGCAGACUGGGCGGUCUAAUUAGAUUCACCAGAACUGAUACUUGUUUGCACUAUAAAGUAUAAUUCUGCCAAGCCUAUUUUUUGAAGCACUUUUUCUAAUUAAAACAUUUGCAAGUGUGACUGCCCCCUUCCAACCGCUUACUUCCUGUGAGCAGUCUGUCACUGACACUAGGCUUUGGCCUUCGCUCAGUAAAGCUGACUUCUGUCUCUCGGGUUUUGGAAGAUUGUGUUUGUGUUCUUGUGUUCCCUGAUGACCGGUAAGUAGCUCGUUAUCACUUCCCCUAAAUGAACUAUGGGACAGUUUAACGGCAGGCUGAGGACGCUGAGGACGCUGAGGACGCUGAGAACGCUGAGGACGCUGAGGACGGCUGGGGUUUGGUCCCAGUAUGGAAACUUAGACUCGCCCGGGCCGAGCUCCCCCGGCUGGUUCAGGACUCGGGACGUGCGUGCUGCAGGGCCUGGCCAGUGGCCUCCCGAGUCUCCUCCCCAGGGCACCCUGUGGCCUCUGUCCUCCAGGGGUGCUCUCAGGUGGCGAGGCAGGAGUGGUGGCCACCUCCCCAUGGCCAGGUGGGUAGCUUCUUGUGUGUCAGUGGCUCCAGAGGAUUAAGCCGGGAAAUACAAAUGCCCGUUACGUGUCACAUCGUUGUGGUUUUUAAAAAUUGUAUCUGUUUAAAAAUAGAUAAUAAACACGGUACUGAUAAAGACACAGAAAGGGGUCUAGAAAGUACGACUUCUAGGUGGAGCCUGGUGGCGCAUGCCUGUAAUCCCAGCACUUGGGAGGCUGAGGCGGGAGGAUUGCCGCAAGUUAAAGGCCAGCCUGGGCUACAGAGUGAGACCCUGUCUCAAAACUACCCCCGUCCCCCCAAAAAAGAGAAAAAAAGAAAGUAUGAGCUCUGACCCCAAGCUGUCCUGUCAGCAAAUUCCCAGAAUGUGACGGUUGCCAGCCCUUGCGAUUGUUCUCCAAUAUUCCACGUGUUUGUGACCAGUGAUGUAUGUGCUUCUGAGUUACAGGAUGCUUGUUGGUCCGUGUGUGCAGUCCAUGAUGGCCACUGGUGCCUGCGCAGGGCCCGGCUUCAUUUCCUCCUUCCCUUAUCUCUUUGUCCCCUUCCCAUGGGCACAAGUGCAAUAGCUUUUUGUUUUUUAAAUUAUAAAAGUAAAACCUGAAAAAAUAAAAGUAAAAGUCUAAUGUGGAGGCCUGGGGAUUUAGCUCAGUGGUUCUGGCGCCUGCCUUGCAAGUGCAAAGUCCCGAGUUUGAUCCCCAGUACCCCCCCCCCCCAAAGUUAAUGUGGAAAGUGCAGAAAAAGAGCAAGAAAGUGCCAGUGCCGCCACUCCACAGAACUAGGCUGCGGGUGCCAGGGUUCGUACUUUUCUCUUCUACAUACGGGGUGCAUUGUGCUUAGCAACAACAGAGCUUUUUAAUUUUCAUAUGUUGUAUAUAUAUUUGAAGAUACGUGUGUAUAUGUAUAUGAAAUGUGUGCUAAAGUUACAUAUUUUAAAAUACAUUUUAUGGCUUUACAUAAAAACUGGCAUUUGAUUUAAAAUAUACUUAAUAAAGUACUCUUUCAUA